AUGACAGCACACCAAAAUGGCACUAUCUCCAUUGAGGUUUCAGACUUCCUCUUGAACUGUUUUGUCAGGUCCCCCAACUGGCAGCUCUGGCUGUCUCUGCCCCUCAGCCUCCUCUUCCUCCUGGCCUUGGGGGCCAAUGGCAUUCUCCUGAUCACCAUCCGGCUGGAGGCCUGUCUGCAUGAACCCAUGUACUACUUGCUCAGUCUCCUCUCCGUAUUGGACAUGGUGCUCUGCCUCACUGUCAUCCCCGAGGUCCUGACCAUCUUCUGGUUUGACCUCAGGUCCAUCAGCUUCUAUGCCUGCUCCCAGAUGUACAUUAUGAAUUGCUUCCUUGCCAUGGAGUCUUGCACAUUCAUGGUCAUGGCCUAUGACCGCUAUAUAGCCAUCUGCCAUCCACUGAGAUACUCAUCCAUCAUCACUGAUCAAUUCAUAGCUAAGGCUGCCAUUUUUAUUUUGGUUAGGAAUGUCCUUUUUACAAUGCCCAUCCCCAUUCUCUCAGCACGACUCUUUUAUUGUGAGAGAAAUGUCAUUGAGAACUGCAUCUGUGCCAAUAUGUCUGUCUCCAGGCUCUCCUGUGAUGAUGUCACCAUCAAUCGUCUCUACCAGUUUGCUGGAGGUUGGACAUUGCUAGGAUCAGACCUCACCCUCAUCUUCCUCUCUUACAUCCUCAUACUGCGAGCUGUGCUGAGACUUAAGGCAAAGGGUGCUGUGGCCAGGGCCCUGAGCACAUGUGGCUCUCACUUCAUCCUUAUCCUCUUCUUCAGCACCAUCCUUCUUGUCUUUGUCCUCACUCGUGUGGCUAAGAAGAAGAUCUCCCCUGAUGUGCCAGUCUUGCUCAAUGUCCUCCACCAUGUCGUCCCUGCAGCCCUCAACCCCAUUGUUUAUAGAGUGAGAACCCAGGAGAUCAAGCUAGGAAUCCAGAGGUUACUGAAGAAAGGGUGGUAA